ACCAAAUAUGGGCACGAGAGGAGGGGAAACAAGACACAGGAAGACAGGACUGACAAUGUUAAAGACAGUGUGAAUGAAAUUCUUACCCCUUUAAAUAAACUUUCAUUUUCUUUAUCCUUUAAAAUUUCCUGACUAUACAUUAUUGUUGUGUUAACGAAGUAUAACACUUUGUUGAACAGAUAUACAAUAAAUAUAAAUAGAGAAAGAUGUCCUUUUUUAAUGAAAGGGGUGUUUAAAACCGACAUUAAACCUUAUAAAGUAAAUAAACUCUACUUGUGUAAUGUGGAUACAGUAUCACCUACUGGUCAAAAUCAUUGCUUGAUUCAUUAUAAGUUUUAAUACCAUAGCGAUUGACAAAGUUGAUCUAAUAUUAAUCAAAACUGAUUAAACUCCUCCGUAGAUCAGAUCAAGAAAUGAUGCACACUAAACAGAAUCCAGAAUAAUUUCAUUUAAUUUCAACUCAGAAACUGUAUUGCAUCUGUAAUAUUCAUAGAGUCAGAAUGACUCAAGUGAUCUGGAGUAAAAGCCUGAGGCAUGUAAAGCUUUUUUAUACGUCUAACAAGAAACUCUCCAGUGUGAGUUUGUCCAGUGUGAAACCACAUUGACCUUCACAAGUGGUGCAUUAUGAUGAGAUCAACAGUUUGUUUAACACUUUCUGAUCACACUUCAGCUGUUAUAUCCCACAACACACGCACACACCGUCAGAGAUAUAAAACAGCAACUCUCUUGGAAGAGUUGUUGUCUGACAGUGACUUUUCUGUAACUGACUUUUCUGAUCUUCUUCUCUCAUUGUUGCUCCUGAUAAAUAUUGAAAACACAGAAUCUGACAAAAAGAGACAGUGUUCUCGGCAUCUGCUCUUCACUGGAUCUACUAGAUCAUCUGAGGGAUUUGACUGAAUCAAGAUGCUGCUGAUCAUUGAAGCACUUCUUCUCAUUUUAGCUGCUCUAGGACAGGAUCACAGAGUUGCAGCUGGUGCAAGAAAGAUAUAUCCACUGGAUAUGGCACCGCAUUCAGUUGAUGAUCGAUAUGAGGGCUGUACAGAGAAAAUGGCAGACUUGGUGAAAACAAAAUAUCUGAAGACGGAAAUCAAUAACUCAGUUGAAUUUAAUAACACUUGGCACGAUGGUGAAAAUAAAGCCAAGAAUCCAGAGGAUCAUUUGAAACGGAUUCAUUCAGUCGCCAUUUAUGUGUACACUAACAACAAUUCUAAUGUGUAUCGUCAUUUCAAUAAUGCUGUUCGUAGUGAGAGACAAAAAUACAAAGACAAGACAUUCACAUGGUAUUCACUUCACUUUCUGUUAACAGAUGCGAUACAGAUUCUGAAGAAAACACAAAAUAAAUGCUAUUCAACUUAUCGCGGUACUACAGUUGAAUUUGACAAGGAUGUUCUGAACAAAGAGGUCCGUUUCGGUUCAUUUACAUCCUCGUCUUUUGAUCAAGCAGUAGCAAAUAGUUUUGGACCUAGAUCUUGUUUUGAAAUCGAAACUUGUGAAGGUGUUUCUGUGAUAAAAUACUCUAAGUAUCCUGACCAGAAAGAGGUGCUGAUUCCUCCAUAUGAGAAGUUUAAAGUCACUGCUGUCAAGAACAAAGGUCAGAAAGGUGCGUGGUGUGACACCGUGUUCACUUUGAAAAGCACAGGAAGAGUAAGUUACCUGAACUGUGGUGUUGAUGCAAAACUAGUUCAACACAGGGCCAGACUUUAAAAAUAUUAAUUCAUUGUGUUUCUUUAGAUUGAAAGUAGCUUCAAUUAUAAUAUUUGAUUGUUUGAAUAAUUCUGAAAAAAUGUCCAUCUUCAAAAUGUUUUAAGUAAAUCAGCAAUUAUGCCUGAAUGCCUGACGCUUUAUACUGUCAUAAAAGUUAGCAAUCGCCUAAUUUUCCUGCUUUGUCUUCUUUUGAUUAGGUUUAACAGUUUUUACUUUGUAUGGGGAAACUGAAUGGGUAAAAGAUUGUAUUUUAAUUACAUGAAGAAAUUAAAUAAAAGCACAGCUGAAAACACACUCUA